AUGGAUAAUGGGUCUGAAGUUGUUGCGAAACUCCCAAAUCCCAAUGCCGGACCUGCACAUUUUUUGGUUGCUUCUGAGGUCGCCACGCCGAACAAUUCGGUCGAGGCCGAAUAUAUCAUCGAGGAGAAGGCCCCUGGUGUCCGACUGGGUUCUGUGUGGAAUUCGUGGCCUCGGAAGCUGAAGCUACAAUUGAUAACUCAGGUGGCCGACAUAGAGAACACAUUGACCACAAUUAAUUUUGACAAAUACGGUUGCAUCUAUUUCAAAGAAAACUUGCGCUUACUUGUCGGGGAAGCAGAAGACAUUCAUACACAGAGUGGUGGAUCAGACAUCCUCGAACGAUUUUCCAUUGGGCCGUUGACCACGAACGAACUGUGCAGUGGAUCUAGGAGGGACAUGAAAUUGGACCAUGGCCCUUGGAAACAUGCAUUCGAAUACACCCGUGCGAUCGGCCACAAUGAAAUGAUGUGGAUCAAGACAAAUGCUGUUCCCCGAGAGAACUAUUACCAGCCUGGCAAGAGUGAAGAAGUUCUCGAAGAUGGUAUCUCACUCUUGGAGAGAUAUAUGAAAGUCGCCUCUUAUCUUGUCCCCCAGCCCAACGAUCAACCGUCCUCUACCAACGUUCUCUGGCAUCCCGACCUUCACCUGGAUAACAUUUUCGUUGAUCCAGAUACCUGUCAGAUCACCCGCAUCGUGGACUGGCAAUCAGCGUCCGUUGCCCCAAUAUUUUAUCAAUCUGGCGUUCCCCGAAUGUGUCGACAUCCCGGACCUUUUCGGGAAGGCUGGGUCGUCCCUGAGCGACCAGAUGGGUUCGAAAGCUUGAGUCAAGACGAACAGAAGCGGAUUGAUGACGAUUUGGAAAGUGAAACCAUGCACAAAUACUACGAGGCGCAGGUUUAUAAACGAGCACCUCUUCAUUGGGCGGUACUUCAGCAACCAGCAACUUCUAUCCUCCGGAAACCCGUUAAGCUCGUGACUGGAGCGUGGGAAAAUCGAGACCUAUUCUUCCUGCGUGAAGCACUCAUGAACAUUAAAGUUCAUUGA